UAUCAACACCUACGCGUUUCCUAUGUGCCAGGCACUGUCCCACUCAACUAGUAGGUUGUUUAGUUCUCAAAACAAAUUCAGUGAGCCAGUAAUAUUACUCUCUUCAUUCUUCAGGGCCAGGUAACUUGCCCAGAGUCACACUGCCCACAUCUAUAGAUCCAGCCUGGCUCCAGGCCCCACACUGUUAACCAGCUCCACUGUGCCUUGUGUGACCCUCUUGAGAGCUCUGUGAGUUCAGGUGUAUUAUCCUAUUAUUAUCCUCAUUCUACAGAUGAGGAAAUAGGCUUAGAGAGGUAAAUGACUUGGCUAGGGGUCACCCUGUGGCUUAAAAGGAAGCUAGGCCAGGCUCCAAGCCUGUGGCACGAGCUGGAAAUCCUUCCCCAGCCCCUCUAGGAUGAGGUGCCAGGAAUGGUGUGGGUAAGUGACUGUUGUACUCUGAGAAUCACAGGAACAAAGCCAGGAGAGGGUUGAGGUGGGAGAGUUUAGAUGCAGGAGAAGCAGUGAUGCCCAUGUGUCCAUCUCAUCACUGCUUCCGCCCCAGCUCUCAGCCCCUCUUGGCCUGAGGGCUGAGCUUCUUCCUGGCUGGAGGCAGCUCUUUGGCAAGGCUGCCCCCCAGGGUUGGGAGAGAGGUGGGCAGCCUGCCAGGACUGUCGGGGCAGGCGUCAAAGGGAUGCCAAAGAGGGUACCCAGGUGGCAGCGUGCUGGUGUCCCUGGGGCAGCCCUCUCCCGGUGUGGGUGGGGCAGAGGCCCUCGUGACCUUGCUGCUGACAUUCCUCAUCAGCCACGUGGCCCCAACUGGCAGGGACAGCUGUGCACAAGGGCCACACUAGCUUUGUUCCCGGCGUGGCGCCCGCUCUCCACCCAGGCCUUGCUUUGCUCCCACCUGACUCUUUCACUCGUGGGGCUCAGUGGGCAGCUGGUGCUGUGGUUCCCGCACCAUGAGUGCCUAGAGGCAAGGAGCCACCAGGGUCUCCCCGAGUCGGGUAGUAGGCUCUGGGGGGAUGGGACAGGACCAGACAAAGCAGCAGAUUGAGAAGGGGCUCCAGCUGUACCAGUCCAACCAGACAGAGAAGGCACUGCAGGUGUGGAUGAAGGUGCUGGAGAAGAGCUCCGACCUAGUGGGGCGCUUUCGCGUGCUGGGCUGCCUGGUCACGGCCCACUCCGAGAUGGGCCGCUACAAGGAGAUGCUGAAGUUUGCAGUGGUACAGAUCGACACAGCCCGGGAGCUAGGGGAUGCUGAUUUCCUCCUGGAGAGCUACCUGAACCUGGCACGCAGCAAUGAGAAGCUAUGCGAGUUCCACAAGACCAUCUCCUACUGCAAGACCUGCCUUGGCCUGCCUGGCACCAGGGCAAGUGCCCAGCUUGGAGGCCAGGUCAGCCUGAGCAUGGGCAAUGCCUUCUUGGGCCUCAGUGUCUUCCAGAAGGCCCUGGAGAGCUUCGAGAAGGCCCUACGGUAUGCCCACAACAAUGAUGACGCCAUGCUCGAGUGUCGUGUCUGCUGCAGUCUGGGCAGCUUCUACGCCCAGGUCAAGGACUAUGAGAAAGCCCUGUUCUUCCCCUGCAAGGCCGCAGAGCUCGUCAAUGACUACGGCAAGGGCUGGAGCCUCAAGUACCGGGCCAUGAGCCAGUACCACAUGGCGGUGGCCUAUCGCCUGCUGGGCCACUUGGGCAGUGCCAUGGAGUGUUGUGAGGAGUCCAUGAAGAUUGCACUGCAACAUGGGGACCGGCCACUGCAAGCACUGUGCCUGCUCUGCUUCGCUGACAUCCACCGGAGCCGUGGGGACCUGGAGAUGGCCUUCCCCAGGUAUGACUCUGCCAUGAGCAUUAUGACUGAGAUUGGAAACCGCCUGGGGCAGGUGCAGGUGCUGCUGGGUGUGGCCAAGUGCUGGGUGGCCAGGAAGGCACUGGACAAGCCCUGGCCUGUGCUCACCUUCCAGGCACUGGAUGCCAUCAAGAGAGCCCAGGACCUGGCCGAGGAGGUGGGAAAUAAGCUGAGCCAGCUCAAGCUGCACUGUCUGAGCGAAGGCAUCUACCGCAGCACGGGGCUGCAGCGGGAGCUGCGGGCGCACGUUGUGCGGUUCCACGAGUGUGUGGAGGAGACGGAGCUCUACUGCGGCUUGUGUGGGGAGUCCAUAGGCGAGAGGAACAGCCGGCUGCAGGCCUUGCCCUGCUCCCACAUCUUCCACCUCAGGUGCCUGCAGAACAAUGGGACCCGGAGCUGCCCCAACUGCCUCCGCUCUUCCAUGAAACCUGGCUUUGUGUGACUCCCAGCAGCAGUCUUGGGCUUCCACCUCGCUUCCUCCUCCUGUGCCACGGCAAUCACAUGCGGGAGGCCUCUGUCCACUCCUGGGGCAGCAGCCAGCACCUGAGCCUGCCCACUGCUGCUCCAUGGGGCCCUGCUGCCCUCCAGCCCCUUUGUACUUUGCUCUUUAUAGAAAAAUAAACUGUUUGUACCUGG